GUACCCCGGGUGAUCCACGGGGUCGGAAUUGCCGAGGGAUGCCUCAUUUCCAGGGGAGGAGGCUUUGGAGCGUAUAAAAGGUGUCCCAGCCCAGGGGUCUUCAUUCGAUCAUCUCCACUUCUCCUCUCCUCCCUCCACUGCUCAGCAGGCUUCGCCUCCACUCCCAUCACCAAGAUGCCCAACGGAUGCUGCGGUGGCGGAAGUAGCUACACCAUGUGCUGCUACAGCAGCCCCAAGACCUGCAAGAGGCCGAUGUGCUGCAGCCCCAUGCAGUGCUGCAGCCCCUGCUGCACCCCCUGCUGCAUGCCCAUGCAGUCCUGCUGCAUGUCCAUGCCCUGCUGCUACACCAUCAGCAGCAACAACAGCGGCUGCUGCGGCGGCAGCAGCAGCGGCGGUUGCUGCGGCAGCAGCUAAACCCACCGGGCUCGUUCCCUCUUGGAUACGGAUUUGGAUAUGGAUAUGGCCCCAAACGCUCCUCCUCCUGUGCUUAGAGGCUGUAGAACUCCUCUUCUUCUCCUGCCUUCCCUCACCUCGUGCUUGUGACCUGCCCUGAAGCCGCCGCCCAGCGAGUUCCUCCCGCGAGCGCUGGCGCUGCUCUUCGCUCUCCUCUUGGUGCAUGGGAUGUUUCACUCUUUUCAUCGCUGUUUUGCUUCAAUCUUUCUGGAAAAAAAAAACAAUAAAAUCUGUAGUUUGUGACCCUGCAA